AUGGGCGUGCCGCGGGCGCUCGUGAGCGCUAUCUCCGAGCUAUCUUUGAAGGACGCCACAGUCGGCGCCUUCGCUGUAGCCUUUGCGCCCGCUGCGGCCGCCGCCCACGCGUGCGCUCGGGCGCUCGUGAGCGCUAUCUCCGAGCUAUCUUUGAAGGACGCCACAGUCGGCGCCUUCGCUGUAGCCUUUGCGCCCGCUGCGGCCGCGGCCCACGCCAGGCGUGCCUCGGGCGCUCGUGAGCGCUAUCUCCGAGCUAUCUUUGAAGGCGUGCCUCGGGCGCUCGUGAGCGCUAUCUCCGAGCUAUCUUUGAAGGACGCCACAGUCGGCGCCUUCGCUGUAGCCUUUGCGCCCGCUGCGGCCGCCGCCCACGCCAGGCGUGCCUCGGGCGCUCGUGAGCGCUAUCUCCGAGCUAUCUUUGAAGGCGUGCCUCGGGCGCUCGUGAGCGCUAUCUCCGAGCUAUCUUUGAAGGACGCCACAGUCGGCGCCUUCGCUGUAGCCUUUGCGCUCGCUGCGGCCGCGGCCCACGCCAGGCGUGCCUCGGGCGCUCGUGAGCGCUAUCUCCGAGCUAUCUUUGAAGGCGUGCCUCGGGCGCUCGUGAGCGCUAUCUCCGAGCUAUCUUUGAAGGACGCCACAGUCGGCGCCUUCGCUGUAGCCUUUGCGCCCGCUGCGGCCGCCGCCCACGCCAGGCGUGCCUCGGGCGCUCGUGAGCGCUAUCUCCGAGCUAUCUUUGAAGGACGCCACAGUCGGCGCGCUGUAGCCUUUCUGCGGCCGCCGCCCACGCCAAGCGCUAUCUCCGAGCUAUCUUUGAAGGACGCCACAGUCGGCGCCUUCGCUGUAGCCUUUGCGCCCGCUGCGGCCGCCGCCCACGCCAGGCGUGCCUCGGGCGCUCGUGAGCGCUAUCUCCGAGCUAUCUUUGAAGGCGUGCCUCGGGCGCUCGUGAGCGCUAUCUCCGAGCUAUCUUUGAAGGACGCCACAGUCGGCGCCUUCGCUGUAGCCUUUGCGCCCGCUGCGGCCGCGCCCACGCCAGGCGUGCCUCGGGCGCUCGUGAGCGCUAUCUCCGAGCUAUCUUUGAAGGACGCCACAGUCGGCGUGCCUCGGGCGCUCGUGAGCGCUAUCUCCGAGCUAUCUUUGAAGGACGCCACAGUCGGCGCCUUCGCUGUAGCCUUUGCGCCCGCUGCGGCCGCGCCCACGCCAGGCGUGCCUCGGGCGCUCGUGAGCGCUAUCUCCGAGCUAUCUUUGAAGGACGCCACAGUCGGCGCCUUCGCUGUAGCCUUUGCGCCCGCUGCGGCCGCCGCCCACGCCAGGCGUGCCUCGGGCGCUCGUGAGCGCUAUCUCCGAGCUAUCUUUGAAGGCGUGCCUCGGGCGCUCGUGAGCGCUAUCUCCGAGCUAUCUUUGAAGGACGCCACAGUCGGCGUGCCUCGGGCGCUCGUGAGCGCUAUCUCCGAGCUAUCUUUGAAGGACGCCACAGUCGGCGCCUUCGCUGUAGCCUUUGCGCGUGCCUCGGGCGCUCGUGAGCGCUAUCUCCGAGCUAUCUUUGAAGGACGCCACAGCGUGCCUCGGGCGCUCGUGAGCGCUAUCUCCGAGCUAUCUUUGAAGGACGCCACAGUCGGCGCCUUCGCUGUAGCCUUUGCGCGUGCCUCGGGCGCUCGUGAGCGCUAUCUCCGAGCUAUCUUUGAAGGACGCCACAGCGUGCCUCGGGCGCUCGUGAGCGCUAUCUCCGAGCUAUUUUUGAAGGACGCCACCGUCGGCGCCUUCGCUGUAGCCUUUGCGCGUGCCUCGGGCGCUCGUGAGCGCUAUCUCCGAGCUAUUUUUGAAGGACGCCACAGUCGGCGCGCCUCGGGCGAUGCGGGAUUCGUCAUGGGGGACGGCGCCGUGAUGGAGUGCUGCUUCAGCCCGUGGGACGCCGGCAAGCACGCGCAGGCGAAGUACAACGGGCAAUGCCAGCGGUGUUCGCCAGUGCGCAUGCAGACAAUUUGCAAGACGCAGCGGCUUUCCAAGCUGGCGUCUCACAGCCUGGCGAAUCUUCAGAAGCUCGACGCGGGCAUCUACGAUAUCGCUGUGGAGAGGGUGGCCAUGUGCGAGGGCGGAGACGAGCUCAUCUCCCGCGCCAAGGAGAUCGUCGCGAAGAACCAGCAGGCCGCGGCGCCAGCGAAGGAUCCGGUGGAUGACCAGGGCGACGUCGUCAUGGAGCUUGUCGAGGAGGUGCCCGGCGGCGCGCCGGACGCAGCGGAGCUGCCGCCGCCGCCGCCUGCUGUGGAGCGCACAGGGAAGCGCUUGUGCGAAGGGUACGCCCUCGGGCGCGCCAUGGGGCGCAAGCUCAAGGGCAAAGGCGACUGCGGCGUGUGCGCUUUCUCCAGGGCGGAGCCCAGCGAACGUGCCCUUGCCGCGGGCGGUCAUUGUGUCUUCUGCACGCCUGCGCGCAUGAAGGAGGCGGCGCAGAAUUUCAUGAAGAAGAAGCACGUCAUGGCCGACCUGAACAAGUUCAAGCAGGCGAGCGCGGCUCUCCAUGCGAAAGCGCUCGGGAGGCUCCGCAGGCACCUGACGUUGCAUGACUACAAGGUUCUUGUAACUCCACACCAUUGCUGCCGCGGGGCGGGAGAGCACGCGUGCCCGUUCAGCACAGCGAAUCCGGGUCAGCCAGCGCGCGUGCUGAAGGAGGACAAGCACCUGUGCAGCUGGUGCGACCCGCAGAGGCUGCGCGGCAUGCAGGGCGUCAAGCGCAGCGGCUUGCUGAAGCAAUUGAAAGCCUUUCGCGAGAAGGACGAGGCUGUGUUCGACAAGGCCGAGGCAAUCCUAAAGAGCGUCUACGGCGACGACUACGUGGCGCAGAUGCGGAAGAAGACGGUUCGCCAGAAUCAGCAGGCGGCCCGCGCUCAGAGAGCCCGGAGGCGCAGCGGGAAGACCGAUUGGCCAGAGAAGCUCAAGAGGCGCGCUCUGCAGAUGCAGAAUCCAGCGGACGACAGGGAGGCGCGGAAGAAGUUCCGGAGACUCACCCUGGAGAACCACAAGAAGGUGGAGAACUCGUUCUUCAAGGACAAGGCCGAGAGGAGAGUCCGCGGGCGCGCCGACGAGAUCCCCAAGGGAGAGGAGUUGGACCCGCCGCUGGAGGCAGCGCGCUUCAGCGAUCUCUCCAAGGGGUUGGAGUCCUGGGCUCUGCGCGGCUCCUGGGGGAUGUGCAAGGAGUGCAGCGUCCUGCAGCCGCGCCCGAUGCACGAGGUCGACAUGUUCCGGGACGCCAGCGAGGAGAUCUCGAAGAGCGCUUGCCGUCGGUGCAGCGCCUCCCGCAAGAUGUUCGUGCCGCUGCCGGAGCAGGUGCCGAAGAAGCUGCGCGGGCUCUCCGAGGAGGCCGUCGAGGCGCUGAGUCCCAUUGACAUUGAUGUCGGCCCCGAGACGCGGUCCACCGACAAGUUCGGGCGGCCGAACGGGUAUCGGAAGAAGGUGAAGAUGAUCACCUUUUAUUUCUCUCGCUGGCAUGUGCGUGACAAGAUCAAGGAGAUCGAGGACAAGGAGAUGCGCCACAGGGCGAAGAGGGCGCUGGAGUACCUGCUGUCAUGCGAGGACUCCUCGUAG